ACAUAAGGUCUUAGGCACAGGUAACAGCGUCACAAUGCCUUCAUCCACUUCAAGGACCAUCCUGAACGUCUGUUUAUUACUCCUGGUCGCUUUCGUGAGCGCUUCAGCUUUCUUCCUCCCUUCUUCCCGGGUCCUCUCCACCGGCAGCAAUCACGCUCUUCACAAACAUGUCGCAUCGCGGAGACCAUUGCCUUCGUACGCCGCUUCCGAGGAAGGUGUAAAAGACACGGAAUUGAUUGGGCCUACCGCACCUCCUGCCCCCGCGGUGGUGGAGAAGGCUGAGGAAGACAUGACGGAGGAAGAGAAAGCAAUGAAGGCAAAGAUGGAUAAGAUCAAGGAGCUGAAAGCCAAGGAGGUGUUCCAAACACAGGACACGGGCGAUUAUGAGUGCCAGGUCUGCGGAUGGCAGUACAAGGAGGAGAAGGGCUUUGGCCCAUAUCCUGCCGGCACCGCCUUCGCCGCUCUGCCAGCCGACUUCAAAUGCCCGAAUUGCAAAGCCGGAAAACCUGCCUUUAAGAGCAUGACCAAGACCAUUGCCGGCUUCAGUGAUAACUCCAAAUACGGCUUUGGCGGGAAUAAUUUGACGUCAGAACAAAAAGGUGGUUUGAUCUUCGGCGGACUGUUUUUCUUCUUUGUCCUUUUCCUGAGUGGAUAUCUCCUGGAAUGAUCAGUUUGACGAAUGAUUCUGAUUUGAUCGGUACUUUUAAAGUGUAUUCGGUCAGUGAAGGUGACAGGAGAUGAAAAAAAAGAAUGGACAGGAAAUAGGACGAAAAGGAGGCAUGGAAGCACGUGAAACACUGGAUUUUCUUUCGUUGAGAUGAACGUGUGUGACACAUGUACACACAAGGUAACAAAAACAAUACAAGGAUCUUUUA